GCCGGCCCCUUCCUUCCCCCGCUCUGCGCGCAAAUAAUCGGCAGCUGAGCGUUUCCCGGGAGGGCUUUGGAGACGCUGAAGGGGACGCGGCUUCGGAAGCGGCGCGGCGGCGCGGCGCGGGAGUUGUGCAAGCCGCUAUUGGCGCAAGCGAAGCGGAGACGAUCCGGAUCUCCGCGGGCAUAACCUGUGUCUGACCGAGGUGUUGAUAAAAUGUUGACCAAGGUCAAAGAGGAGAACACCAAUCCAGAAAGCUUGCAGGAAGACAGGGUUCGGCACGCUCCCCACUUGAAGGAUGCCGUAGAACUAGAUAAAACAGUGGUGCCAGCGGAACAUAUAUUAAAGAAGAAACACACAUGUCCAGAGUGUCAGAAAAAGUUUUGCCGCCGUUCUGACCUUGUCCGGCACCAGAAACUCCAUUCAGGAGACAGACCCUUUACCUGUACUAAGUGUGGGAAAGGCUUUGUUCAGAGUACCCACCUCAUUGCACAUCAGAAGAGCCAUACAAGAGAGAAGCCCUUUUUCUGCCCUCACUGUGGGAGGAGCUUCAACCAGAUCUUAAACUUCAAUAGACAUCAGAGAACACACUCUAAGGAACCACCUUUCAAAUGUUCCGACUGUGGCAAAACCUUCAGCCGUAGCUCAAACCUUGUUAUGCACCAAAGGACACACACAGGGGAACGGCCCUAUAAAUGUUUUGACUGUGGAAAUAGCUUCAGUAGGAGUUCAACUCUCAUCACACAUCAGAGAACUCACACUGGUGAGAAACCUUAUAAAUGCCAGGACUGCUGGAAAAGCUUCGGGAGGCGCUCAACCCUUGUGAUGCACCAGAGAACUCACACUGGGGAGAAGCCCUAUAAAUGCCCUGACUGCCCAGAAACUUUUACUGUUAAAUCAGGCCUUUUAAGUCAUCAGAGAAUCCAUAUGACUGAGAAACCUUAUUUGUGCCUGGAAUGUGGCAAAAACUUCUGUCGGAGUGCAGACCUCAUUAUUCAUCAAAGAAUUCACACAGGUGAAAAACCAUAUCAGUGCCAUGACUGUGGCAAAAAAUUCAAUGCAAACUCACACCUUGUUACACAUCAGAGGAUACACACAGGGGAGAAGCCAUAUAAAUGCCCUGAGUGUGGGAAAAGCUUCUCUUACAGCUCAGUACUUGUUGGCCAUCAGAGAGUUCACACUGGAGAAAAACCUUACGCAUGUUUGGAGUGUGGGAAAACCUUCCGUAACAAUUCACACCUUAUCACCCACCAGAGAGUGCACUCAGGAGAGAAACCUUAUGAAUGCCCCGAGUGUGGGAGAAGUUUUAGUGUGAGUUCCAAUCUUAGAAAACACCAGAAACUUCAUGAAAGAGACACAUCUUUAAAAAGUUCUGAGUAGGAAAUGGUCACUCAUAAACCAGAAAAGUUAAUAAACCAGAGAUAUACGGUGGAGCCUUUGGUAGAGCAUCUAAAAUUUGCAGUUCAGUUUUGUGAAAAAUGGAUUGGACACAGAGUAGCAGGAAAUAUAUAUUAUGUCUAAUGUAUUAGGAUUUAGCUGUAGGAAAUUCCAAUUAUAUUUUUCUCUUAGGGGGUAGGAUUGGGGUCAGAAAUAUGUAGCGAAAUCAAAUCCUGUACUGGGGCAGACAAGUUGUGUACUUCCAGAUCUUGUGGCCUACAUCUCCCAUCAGCUCUACACAGACUAGCCAUCGGUGAAAGAUCAUUAGCGUUACGCACUGAAACGUCUGGAUGGCCACAUGCUGGCCACUUCUGCUCUAUAGCAAGGAAACCCAGCUGUCUUUUCCUUCUUAAAAUGAGUCAUACAAAUAAAAUAUAUUUGCAUAUGC